CGAUGCAGUCGAACAGGUCGUAGCGAUCGCGAAGCGCCAGUCCUCUCCCGUCCAUCGACGUGGCCGCACCGUGACUCGUGGAUGUUCGAGAGAGACAGACGACAGCCAGCCACGGGAAAAAAAUCGUCGAAUCGAGGACGGCCAGAGAGAGAGACGAACCACGACAGGACUCGCCGGCAUCGUCUCGAAAACAGUCGGUGAAUUUGCAUCGACAGCGACAGUUCGUAGCCGGCCGCGUGUCCUUCGAGAGGGUGCAGAUCGAUCGCGAUCGAGCUUCGAGGUGAACGAUUCGUACACGCGACUCUCCGCUUGUACGCUCCAGGAGGAAACGUGCGCGCUGCGUGCGAUGUGCCACGCCACGUGACCGACCGCCACAGGACAGAACUAUUUUGCGGGCAGUGUGUGUCUCGGGCAGAAACUAAGGUUAUGGUGUGUUACGUGUGACACGGGACUCGGACCAUCCGGAGAACAACGUUUUGGUGGUUUUGUGGUGAACUGAGGACACCGGUUGGCGCGCGAGUGUGGAUAUCGUCCGAUUACUAAGAUGAACCAACAGUGCAAGGUCUGCGGCGAACCGGCGGCUGGUUUUCAUUUUGGAGCGUUCACGUGCGAGGGUUGCAAGUCGUUCUUCGGGCGGACCUACAACAAUCUGGGCAGCAUAUCGGAAUGCAAGAACGGAGGGGUGUGCGUGAUCAACAAGAAGAACCGCACCGCCUGCAAGGCGUGCCGUCUGCGAAAGUGCCUGAUGGUCGGGAUGUCGAAGUCAGGUUCGCGUUACGGGCGUCGUUCGAACUGGUUCAAGAUCCACUGCCUCCUCCAGGAACAGACGAACGGUACCCAGAACGUGGCACCAGGAGCAGGUUCACCGUUCGGACCAGGAUUCCUGCCGGGUUUCCUGCCGCAGGUGCAAGGUCAGCAGGGUAGCGGAGUAUACAAGGACGGGAAGGAUCGUGCUUCACCUAGUCAGGAGGACCUAGCCCUUCAGUCGCAUCUGCUGCACGUGGCGAUGCUGAAGCAGGAGCGCGAGAGGGGUAACAAGUCGCCCCACCCGGACGACGUGGCUCUUCAGAACCAGUUACGCUUAUUGGCCUGGCAGAAGGAACGCGGGAGGGUGAGCGGCAACCCUCAGCAACCCCCUGGAACGCCACCCAGGGACACCACGCCUCCACCCUUCUACAAGCAGCAACAGCACCCCGGUUCGCCCAUGUUCCCCAUGAACUUCGCUCAGAAAGAUGGCGUCUGCGUGCCGUCUAGUCCGUCGGACGUGUUCCGACCCUUCCUGCCGACGUACAAGAGGACGGCCGACACGCCGAGCGACAGUGGAGCAUCCUCGGUGGACGGCGGCGACGGCCAGGACACCGAAUCCAGGAGCAACUCGGCGUUGAGUUACUUCAAGACCAGUGCAGCAUCCCCGACCUUGUCGGAACGAGAAUUCCCUCCCAGGAAGAUCAACGCCACCGUCACGCUGACGACGGGUUACCACAGUCACAGUCUAGGUCUGGUGUAUCCACCGCCCGGCCUGGUGACACCAGCGGCGUCACAGCACUCGCCCAGAGGCGGCGAUCUGCUCUUGGUCAGCCCCAGUCCAGGUGGUCUGGCCGUGGAACAGGAUGAGCCCAUCGACCUGAGCGUCAGGUCGAGUAGAAGUUCACCGCGACCCAGUCAGUCCUCGGAAGAGGACAACAGGUCGAACGACAACGAGUGCGAUCGCGAGAGCCCCGCGAAGGAGGAGGCCACCACCAAGAGCAAACCCCUGGACCUGACGUUGGGAGUGAAGAGGCCGGCAGAGCUGCCCAUGUCGCUGUGAAGCCUCUGAACACCUGGCAGGCCCACAACGGGCUGGUCCCGAAUUUCUUUCAUCACCCACCCCAGGGUGCGAGCCGAGUCCUCGUCGGAGAUGAGCUUGGUCGACGGAGAAUCGAAAGGAAGGGAAUAGAAGGUUGCGAAUCGGUUCUCUUAUUGAGUGGAGAGGUUGAACGAGUACUUGGAGAAUGUGAUGCGAGGAGACGAAUCGUUGCGGAACGACGAUCGAACCCGCCACGAAAAUGUGUUCAAAUAUGUACAUAGGUUAUUGAGCUGAUCAUGGAGAGAUUUAUUUAUUGCGGCCAUACGGUAGUAGCGUGGUAGGGAUUAGGGCAAUCCGAAAUGUGGAUUGGUUCAUUGACGUAGCGCCAUGGACGAUGUUCAUCAUCACAUCUCAUUUUGGUAGUUCAGAAAUUUUCAAAGUUAAUCUUCAAAGUAUAUCCCUAAAUUUUCAAGUUCAUAAAAGGUAUUUGCUCAUGUGUGAUGUGGGUCUGUAAGACUUGGCGUCUCGUAAUAAAAAAUCCUACCUACGCCCCUGCUAAAAGGUCCAUCGAAUGUGUAGUUUCCUGAGCGAACAUGUAGAGGUCAUGUCGUAUGCGUAUUAUACAUAGAAUUUGUAAGCCCCUGUAUAAAGAAACCGGAGAGUCGCGAAUAUACCGGCCAGUAGUGGAGUGCCUUAAUAUAAUAUAUUUAUAUGAAAUAUUCUAUAUGUAUAUGUAUGUAUACUUGCAGCGGACCGCUUAAGAUCCUUUAUUAUCAUCUUAGUCGCGCGCGAUCGAUCGAGCGUCGUAUUUUCUGUCCUUAUUGUACGGCGAGGCGUAGAAGCGAUAACCGGACGAUUGUAAACGCACCUUGAGCAUCCGCGAACCUGUCACAAUGAGAGGCCAGUUAACGAGAUAAGUGACGUCGUGUCGAUGCUAUAAAAUCAUGGUGCAUCUUGUAAAUAAACAGAGGUAGAGGGAGAAACUCGUCUGCGAAUCAGAGUAUCGCUUCUGUGCUCUCGCUUGACGUGAGCGCCACUCGACUGGCGUAAUCGACCAACGUUUUAUUCAUGUUUUCUUCUUCCGACUUUUUAUCAUUUUGUACAUAAUAGCAUGUAAACGGUGAACACGAGCGGCCAGUACCUAAACGUAACGCGAAAUUAAAUAUUUUUGUUU